AUGGCUACCCAAGAUCAAGCCAGAUAUAUGAGAUGUCGCCUUGUACUUGGUGAUGUACUUACUCAAAUAAUAAGGGAGUACAUGGAACAGUCUGGGACACAGCCAGCUUCAAUAGAGCGUUCCAUUUUAGGAAACACAAAAUUCAAGAAUCGUCUUAACCAAAAAGAGAUGUGUGUGAUACAAACAUUACCAGCACAUGGAUUCAAAAAAUUUGACAUAAGCCUUAUGUGUAAAAUAGCAAGAUAUAAGAGUUUUUCUUUGCUGAUUUCUGACAAACCAACCCGAGGAUGGGGAGCUAAUCCCCAGCAAAACGAGUCUACAGUUGGAGAUAACAUAGAGCGUAUUAGGUUAUGUAGAGAUGACAUCUCACAUAUGGCUGAUCCAUCUAUUUCAGAAGCUGAUUUCCAUCGUCUAUUUUCAAGAUAUAUAGACAUAGCUCAAAGAGCAGAAACACAUCUGCAAACACAAACGUUUGAACACAAAAUAUUACAAUACCAAACAUGUAAUCUAGACCAAGAAAUGGAGAAUAAGUUCACACAAAUGGAAGAGGAAUACAAACAACAGAUAAGAGAUUUAAACAAAUUAUUAGAAACCCAAGUAAAGACUGAUUUACCUUUAAAGGUUUACAUGGACCAGUCAACUCAAACAGUUAUUGAGGAAUUGAGAGCAAAAGGUCCUACAGAAGGAAUGAUAAAGUCGACAAUAACAUUGACUGGUAUAAAGAAUGCUCAAGAAAAAGCUGAUCUCCUUUAUUCUCGGCGAAGUGAAAUAAGCACGGAGUCAAUUGAGUUCAAGUAUGCUGAAGAAGGCAGUCUUGUUUUAUAUGUGGAAAUUGCUAUUGGUUUGCUGCAAGAUGAUAGUUUGUUGUACAGAGAAAUGGAAAGUUUCAUUCAGCGUGUAUUUGCGGUUGCCGAUUUGCAAUGCUUUUCAAAGAAACAGUGUGAUGUUUUCUUUUCUAUACUAGAAGAAAAUUUGGAAUCUUCAUCAGAUGAAGACAGUUCAAGUCUGGAUGAAGCAUGCAGUAGUAGAACAGACCUUGUUUUAAAUGUUGAAAUUAGAAAAGAUGCUUUUGUUACUGAGGAAUCCUUGUCUCAUAGUGUUCACAACUUCCUGGGAAAAGUUGUUUCAGGGAUAAAUGGUCAACCAGUUACGCAAAAACAAGAAAUAACAGCUGUUAUAGGAGUACAAGAAUCAGGUAUUUAUUCCAAUGAUCUGUUGUAA